GAGAAUGAUGCCGUGCGUGAGGUGACACGGCCGGUCUCCGAGGUCUGGAAGCGCUCAUGGAGCUGCUGGUUAUCGCACGGAGGCUUUGAGAAGGAGCCGGAGGGGGAAGGAGCCGAGGAUUUGAGGAAAGAGCCGGGAAGGGAGAGGAUUGCCUUGGCCUGGGGAGUUCCAUGGCUGAGAGUAGGUUCCAGGCUCCAGACCUAGGAGCUCAACUGGGUGUUUCCAGUUGUUUUGAAAAAUGCCAGAAGAGAUCGCCAAGUGCUAGGAGGCAGCCCUUUUCUGGAAAGUCCUUUUACCUGGACCUGCCUGCUGGCAAGAAUCUCCAGUUUUUGACGGGAGCCAUUCAGCAGCUGGGCGGGGUAAUUGAGGGUUUUCUGAGCAAAGAAGUGAGUUACAUCGUGUCCAGCCGCAAGGAGGCGAAGGCAGAAAGCCGCGGGGCAGGCCACGGGGGCUGCCCGAGCCCUGGCGAGGUCAGGCCCGAGACACCCCCAGCCACGGGCAGUCUGAGAGGCGGCCCCGCCAGGCCUGCACCGAAACCUGUAGACUCGGUGCCGAUGAGCAGAGGGAAGGAGCUACUGCAGAAGGCCAUCAGGAACCAGGGGAGCAGCAGCGGGGGAGGCAGCGGGAGCAGCAGCCUUCUGACCAAUGCCCGUUCCUGGGGUGUGAGGAUUCUGCAUGUGGAUGAAAUGAUGAUGCAUGUGCAGCAGCUGACUCUUGAUGCUUUUUGUGUAAAGAAACAAGGACCACAGAAGCCAGAGGGAACAGGUCCAGCAGCAGAGUCAAGAACGCGGAAAGUGGCCAGACUGAAGGCUCCGUUCCUCAAAAUCGAAGACGAGAGCAGGAAGUUCCGUCCUUUCCACCAUCAGUUUAAAUCCUUUCCUGAAAUUUCUUUUCUGGGACCCAAAGAUGCAAGUCCUUUUGAGGCCCCGACGAUCCCAGGCAGCUCGCAUCACACCAGAAAACCCAAGGACCCAGAGCCCAGCCGGCGCUCCGCUGUCCGCGCCACGCCCCGGAGGAAGAAGGGUUACUGCGAGUGCUGCCGGGAGGCCUUUGAGGAGCUCUGCGGGCACCUCCAGAGUGCUGGGCACCGCGGCUUCGCCCUCGAAGCCCAGCCUUACGCAGAAGUGGACCGGCUCAUCGCCCGGCUCAACCACAGCUUCGCAGACAUGGCCACCCAGGCCAGCCGCCCCGGGCAGCUCGGCUCUGAGGCUUCAGACUGUGACCCUCGGUGUCCUGAGAGAACACAGGCGGAGGACACUCCACCUCCCGGCCAGCCCUCCCCUCCCAGGGCCACCUCUCCCGGGAUAAAGGAAGAACUUGAGCGCCAGCCCCCCGGCACCCCAGUGCAGGACGGGACACCAGGCAGCACGAAAGCAUCAGUGAAACUUGUGGAGUCAGACGAGACGCCCGGACCAGAAACACCCUGCCAGGAGCUGGACGGGUCGGCCGAUGUCUUUGUGGACCCCCCCGGAACCCCCGCGUCCAGGAGCCCUGCUUGCCAGUGCCUCCUUACCAGCUCUGGUUUCACGGACCUCUCCUCUGGCCCAGACCUGGCUCCCGUCGGUCACAAGCGGAAGGCGCCAUUCCCUAGCGGCAACGCCGAGAAGAAGCCAGGGGCCUUGUUCUUCCUCCCGAGAGCUUCCAGCCCCUGUGGCAGCAGGACAGCCAGCGGCCGGCCUCUGUCCCUUCCCCUUCCGGGCCAUGAGCCCAGGUCUCCGGACUCCCUCCUGCCUUUGUGCCACCCAAAGAUCUGCCUCUCCCUCCCGGACCCCUUCCUCUGGCAGCCCACAGACAGGCCAGCAGAGCUCUGGGCAACACAGCCCCCCUCUCCCGGGGAAGGCUGGCCCCCCGGAUCUGAGCAUUCUGAAUGUGCAGCCCCUGACCCUGCCCCCCAGCAGGCUGACCGGCUCCCCAGCCGCCCUGCGGUUCCAAGCCAGCCGUCAGCCCACCUGCCCUCAGCUGCUGGCCUGCAGCCCCUGGGGGGGCCUGGGGAGAGCCAGUCUCCCUCUCUCGCUGACUCUGUGCAGGCCAGCGAGGGAGGCAGCUGCUCCCCGUGGUUCUGGGCCCCCCAGCCUCUCCCAGGGCCCUGCCUUCCUGUCUCCUCACCCCAGCCCAGUGCAAGCAGAGAGCUGCUCCUGUGAGUCUCCCAGGGCCCAAGCUCCAGGGCUCAGGUAUAGGUUACACCCCACAGAGUUGUACCAGAGCCUCCAGGACACAGCAGAGGGCAGCACCACGGCUCCCCCCAAGAGCCUAGCGGGAGCCCCAGGCCCAGCCUUUGAAGUGCCAGUGAAUGGCUGUUGUCAAGGCAGCUCCACAGAGCUGGGGUCAGCUGUGGUCGGUCCGCAGGGGCAGGCCUCCCACCACUGGGGUUUGGUAGGGCCCAGGGGCUGUGCCGGGUGCUUCUCCUACCCCUGCCUCCAGCCAUGUUCCUGCCCGGGCGCACUGGCGCACUCUCGGUGGCUGGAGCGUGGCCGAAUGCCCUAGCAGGAGGCGGAGGGAGGAGCCACAAGAAGCCAGGGCAGCAGGAGCCUUGGCCUGGCUUCCAGGCCUCUGCGGGCACUUGCCUGCGCAGAGCCCAGAGGGUUGGGUGCUGCUGUCCCCACCCCCGCCAGCCGCCUUCCCCGAAGCAAGCAUGUGGCUCCCCUGCUUUCCUGAACGCCUGUGUCCCCUCCCCCAGCCCCCCACGCUGGUGCACACAGAUCCUCAGGAACAUAUGAAGCAGAGGAGGGGCUUGGGCUGCGGCACUGACGGAGCUCCCUCCCCUGCGCUUGUUGGGCCCCAGCACUGACCUCUCCCCUGAGUCUGGAAGUGGCCAGAGCCCGCGGGGGAGCCAGAGCUCUGCUGUGCCUGGCUCCAGCUGCUCACCUGGAGCUCUCUGUUCAGGGCCAAGCCUCACCUGCCAAUCUGCCUCUCCCCCCUACCCUUCCUCAAGGACCUCUCCCCACUUCUAGCCAAGCCAUUAAUCUGGAGACAGAUGGGUUUGCUAUUGAUUCUUUGGCUACUUUAUUAUUAUUAUUACAGUCCACACGGUGGUUCUCGCCCUCUCUGCCUGUGUGUUUGUCUCUUUAAGUGUUGAAGCCACCAGAAGCCUGGUGCUAUUCUGUGGCUCCUUUUGGAGGAAGAAAGGGGGGCCUGGCUGCGGGUGAGGACCUGAGUUGUUAGUUAGGAAAAUAGAGCAACUGUGUGUACAACCCUCGCAGAGGUCAUACUUGGCCCUUUUAAGCCAUUCCUGUUAGAUUUCAGUCUUGGUUUAGGAAAUGUAA